AUGUCAACUUCUGAUCAAAGUCAGAAUUUAUUCUUCGACAUCGAUGAAUUAUUUGGAGCAGUAGAAGAAACUAAGAUUGCUGGAACCGUACAAGAGCCUUUGUCAACUUCUGAUCAGGAUACAAAUUUAUUCUUUGACAUCGAUGAGUUAUUUAGAGAAGUAGAGAAAGCUAAGAUUGCUGGAAGCCAACAAGAGCCUUUGUCAACUUCUGGUCUCAAUAUUGUUGAUAAUGGAGAAGUAGGGAGAACUACUGGUCCAAAUCCUUUAUGGAUCAAACUAACCAUUCCUAAAUAUACUCAUCAAUAG